CUCUCGCAAUUCUUUUACUUGUCCUCAUAUCAAUCCUUGCUAGCAUAUGUCCGUUAAAGAAUUAAACUAGCCCACCAUGCCCUCUCGUGAAGCCACCCACGCUGGCUCUUGGUAUUCCGACAGUCAAGACACUCUGACGCGUCAAUUGGACCAGUGGUUAGCUCAAGUCCCCAACGAGAUUCAAGGUCUCGGAUCACUGCCUGUGCCUGGUGCUCGCAUCAUCAUUGCUCCACAUGCGGGCUAUGCAUACUCCGGGCCAUGUGCUGCCCAUGCCUAUAAGGCUCUGGACUUGUCAAAGGCAAAACGGAUCUUCGUGCUAGGCCCCUCCCACCAUCAUUAUUUGACUACGCUUGCUCUCCCCCAGCUCACAUCGUACUAUACCCCGCUCUCUGACGACCCUCUGCCGCUUGAUACCGAGCUUAUCACUAAGCUCUUAUCAACCAAAGCUGUCAAGCGCAGUGGAACGAACAUCUCUUUCACGACCAUGAGUGGAUCUGUUGAUGAAGCCGAGCACAGUAUCGAGCUCCAUCUCCCUUAUAUCCACCGUCUCCUUCAACUCCAAUAUCCCGACAUACCGACAUCUCAGUAUCCACCACUGGUUCCUAUUAUGGUGGGAAGCACUUCUGCCGCCACCGAGGAAGCCUUUGGGGCCUUGCUUGCUCCUUACCUCAAAGAUCCCGAGAACGCAUUCGUUAUCAGCUCUGAUUUUUGUCACUGGGGCUUGCGCUUUCGUUACACUUACUACGUUCCCCAGGCACCGAAGCCCGGACCAGUUCUCCCACUUUCGGCGGACUCGCUCCCACAGCCGGGAAAUAACCACAGAGACGUAGAACAAACCGUGGAGAUGGUAUCCGCCGGUCAUUCCCUCCAGCGACGGGACCGCAUUCAACGUCAAGAGCCAGCAAUUCACGAAAGCAUCUCAGCUUUCGAUAUUGCGACCAUGGCGGCUAUCACCACGGGACGCGCGGCGAGUUUUCUGGACGCAGUCGAAAAGACGGGGAACACCGUGUGCGGCCGUCAUCCAAUCGGUGUCAUCAUGGCUGCCCUCGAAGAAAUCACCAGCCAAGAGGAAGGGAAGAGGGGCAAAUUCCAUUUCGUCAGAUAUGAGCGAAGUGCUGAUAUCACAGAUGUGAAUGACAGCUCGGUGAGCUAUGUUUCAGCUUUCGCCGUGCUGUAAACUCCCACCCUCUUUGUGCAAAUUGAUAUCAUACCAUAGAUAACCUAUAUCAGUAUCUAAGAUUCAGUUUGCGCAUCAGAUCAC